GCCGUGACGAAUCUGUUGAUCCAGCAGAUGACCAAACAUCUGAUCAAACUGGUGACCAAACAGAUUUACAUACGGGUGACCAAACAGAAGGCCAAACGGGUAAUAAAACAGGAGGCCAAACGGCUGACCAAAGUGGGAACCAAACAGAAGUCCAUAAAGGUGACCGAACGGGUAACCAAACAGAUGAUCAAACUGAUGAUGACCAUACAUAUUUCCAAACGGGUAACCAAACAAAUAGCCCAAUGGGUGACAAAACAGGUGGUCAAACGGGUGACCAAACGGAUGACCAAACUGGGGACCAUACAGGUGACCAAACAGGGGACAAAUCGGCUAACCAAACAGAUAGCCAAACGGGUGAUCAAGCACAUGAUGAAACUGGUAAUCCAGCAGAUGACCAAACAGCCGACCAAACUGGUGAUCAAACAGGUGGCCAAACUGGCGACCAAACAGAUGACCGAACUGGUGGCGAAACAGAUGACCAAACGGGUGAACAAACAGACGACUACAUUAAUGACAAACCAGAUGUGCAAAGUGGUAACAAAACUGGCGAUGGGACUGGUGACCAAAACGAUGAACAAAUAAACGGCCAAGCAGGCGACCAAACGGAUGGCCAGGCUGGGGAAACAACACAUGACCAAAAUGAGGAUGAUACCACAGCCCAAGAAGGUGAACAAAGAGAUGGUCAGGAAGGUGAGCAAGUAGAAGAAGAGACUGGUGAAGAGACUGGUGAUGGCACUAAUCCCGAAACAGUGGGCCAGGACAAUGAUAAACCAGAUGACCAUAUGGGUGGCGAAACCGGGGAUAGAGAAGACGAUUUAGACAAUGGACAAGAACAUGACAAUGUCAACGAGGAAACGGCCGAUAAAACAAAUAACGAAUUCCGAUGACCAAGGAAACGGUCACACUGAAGAUCAAGGAGAUCGCGACGGUGAACAAGCCGAUUAUCAAACUCAUGAUCAGACAGAUGAAGAGGAACGGGAUGAUGAGAACGUCCAAACAGGAGACCAAACGGAUGACGAGGCCGAUGGACAGGCAGGGGACGGAAAGAAAGAUGAGGAACAGGGAGAUGGUGAUGACCCAAAGGAUGAACAAACAAAUGAUCAGACAGAUGACCAACAAGACGAAGGAGUAAACACGGAAACUGGUGAUCAGAGCCAUACCCAUGAAAAUAUAACUGAAAGUCACAAUGGCGACGAAGAUUUCGAGGACAAGUCUGGUCCCCUAUAUCGACUUCCAGGACUUGUCUUGGAUGAACAUAUGUUCACACUCUCCUAUGAAGAGGAAUGUACCCCAUUCAGACUCACUUACACGAUUCCCCUGUCGCAAGAGGGCGCCCGACAAACCGAUGGGACUGAUGAGGAGGAAGAUGAUGCUGAAAGCGAAAGGGGAGGCGAUGGUGAAACUAGGGAGGUGAUUACCUACGACGAUUUCGGUGCGUUCAGACGGGGGGAGCAAUCACUGCCGGAGAUGCCAUCUCUGCUCAAUGGGAAACAAGCCAACCUGGCCAAAGGAAGUAGCAAUAUGAUCAGAAUCGACAACUCGAAUUUUACCACCGACAGACAACUUGUGAUUUCUGGGAGAUUAUGUGGAUUGGGAUCGAGGUUGCUGUUGUUGUGCCCAACCAUUGAUGGUCGCUCCAGAAUUCGCACCGAUGAUGCACCUUCGGGCAAAUGCCACAACGUUUCAGUAUACGUCGAGGCUCCCACCAUUUCCAGCGCUCGAUUGAGCAAUGAAGGCGAUGGAAUCAUCAUCUUUUUCAAUAAGAAUGUGGCUAUCAAAGAUCUUCGGAAGUGUUCGAGUAUUUUCGACGAAUCUACCAUCAAUCAGUUGGGUGAAAACGCUGUGUGCAAAUGGAAAGACGGAAAGAACUUGAUUGUGGGUCUGGGGUGUGAUACGAGCAUCACCACAGGAAGUAGCAUCACUCUCAGGCCUGAUAGGAUCAAAGCUGCCAGGAGUACUUUCUCCCAUACUGCUUCCGGCACCGUCAAUGUGCUGGCUCCGAACGACCCCAAGCCCCCAAUGGCUGUCAUAGAUGGUAGACCGAAGGUUCCCUCUUGUGGACAGUUCGCCCUCUCCGGUCGAGCGUCGACAGGUGGCCGGUCAUGUGGUCUGACGUACGAGUGGGCACUUGUGAGUCCGACGGAGGAUGUCGAUUCUAGGCUGACAGAUAAGAUUCAAGAAGCUAACGAUGCUAAUAAUGACCGGAUGGUCUCCACCACCGAGGCCUUGCCCGAGGUUACCCCCUACACAUUCAGAUUGACCGUGACUAAUAAGCUCGGGCUGUCUAACUCUACUGAGUUCACCAUGCGCAAGAGCAAUGUCCGGGAGCCGUGGUUAGAAAUUCAAAAGAGUGGCAACAUAAAGGGCACCAAAGUUUCGGCGAAUAAGAAGUUUGGCAUUAUUGCCCAAUUCACCUUUGAACAAGCAACCGGAUGUGAAAAGCUUGCCGCCUCACGUGCUGAAUACCAGUGGUCCGUUGAAGGGGUUGAGUUCGAUGAGGAUGCCCUCCGUAAGAGAGGACUUCGCUUCCUACCAAGCAAUCUAGGUGGUGCGUCGGAAAUCGCUGCAACUGUAACGGUGACCUACGGGAGUCCAACAGACCAGAAUACGAAGUCCGCUUCAGUGACGCUGACUGUCGUAAAGGCGCCGCUCAGAGCACGUAUCAAGGGCGGCGGUCGUAUCACCAUUGGGACGGCUUCGGACUCAGUCGAUCUAGAUUGUUCAUAUUCAGAAGACCCAAGCUACCAAGGGGAUGAGCCCGAUCCCGGCCUUGAGUUCCGGUGGGAAUGUUGGGAUGAGACCUCAAAAAACACAUGUGAUCUACCCAGUUCCCAGGAGGAUGCAGACGUAGCCAUAUUGACCAUUGAACCUUCAUUACUAUCGGUAGAUAAGACAUAUUCCAUCUCUUGUUACGUCAACAAGGCUGGGUUUGACGAGGUACACGACAGUGUGAAGGUUUCCGUCACAGAAGGAAGUCCUCCAAGGGUUUCGCUGGCACUCCUUGGAUCAAAGGAAGGCUCUUACAAGCCCGGGCAAGACGUAGAAAUUAGGGUCAUGUUCAGCGGCAUGUACAACGAAACGGUGCUGGAGGACCUGCGGGGUGGUCUCGAUGGAAUUGGUGAUCUGCAGUACACUAAUAUUAUAGAUAAGACAAGGGAAGACCAAGAGACAGCAGAAUCCAGUUCUCAAGACAGUUCUUCAGACAAGCCUUACCAACUGACAGUCUCCAAGAAGAUGACACGAUACACCGUGUUGGUGAAGAUUGACAAAUCCAUCCUUACCCCCGGAAGUCAAUACAGCCUCGGGGUCAAGGUCGUCAGUGAAUCGAGUGAAGGGUUAGCGGAGAUUGAUUUCAACGUCUACGACAGGGUCACCGGCUGCACAUUUGAAUUUGGAGUAAAUGGAGAUUAUGAAGAUACUGCCUCUGACGUGACGUAUGAAGUAUCCGGGUGCUCUGUUGAGUCUCUCGAGGGUCUCACCUACCGGGCGUUCGCCCAAUUCAGAUCUAAGAAACGCCUCUUAGGGGAAACUUCUCAGGACAGCACGUUCACGGUAGAUCACGAAGUUCUCGAUAUUGUCAAGAAAAGUAUCGAGGCCGGCGAUGCUGUAGACUUCAAGGUCGGCGUUAAGGUAUGUAAUACUACCAGUGGCGUUUGUUCCGAAUUCCUAAAGAAUGCAACUUACGCGAUGGGCACACUCAGUGACGAGGAGCUCGAUGAAGAGAAGCAAGAAAUCCAGGAUUUGAAGUUAGAAGGAAGAUCAGUUGAAGGACUCAAAAAAGCGAACCGCGCGCAGAAGGCAAAGGCCUCCCAGACGACUGGCGUCGACAGAAAGAAACGCGCAGCCCCUGAUUGCGAUCAAGUAUUACUUGACUUGCAAUACGAGCUGCUAAUGGAAGCUACCAGUGAUGAGGCUAAUUACAACUACAAUCCCGGGGAUGUCCUGGGCAUGUUGCAGGCGGACACUGACGUGCCUAUCACAUGUCUGACACUUGAACAGCAGAGGUCCACACUAGCAUCUACAAAGAGGGUUCUUGAAUCGGCGAGGGAUCUUGAAGAUCGUUUACCUCCGGAAACCGUAGAUGGCGUGCGUCAACAGCUUGAGGAUGCUAAGAUGGUCUACCCUGACGCUUUCUUCUUUUCAGAGAAUAGGGACAUCUUCGGACUUCUCACCAAGGGCAUGAGCAAGAAUAUGGCACUGGGCGAAAAAGUUACCUCAUUUGGUGAAAGUAUGUUUAUUUCUAUGGAUUAUACACUGAACACCGAUGCUAUCCCGAUAUCGAGGGGCGAUGGUAAUAUAAUAUUCCUUGGUGGCGACGAUAUCAAAGACAGGUUUGAUACGUCAUGGGUUGGAUGCGGAUGCGAAGAAUGUGUGGGAAUCCUUCUGGAAUCCAUCGUGUUCCGGGGACAAGACUAUGUAGGCGGCGAGUCACAUGACAGUGACGUAUUCCGUUUGCAGUUUUUCAGCCCAUGCGCAGACUCUACCGACCCGAUCGAAGUGAGGGACCUGUCCGAUCCGAUCCGGUUUUGGUACCCGGUUUCCGCGCAGCCAAAUGACCGACCCGUGUGCUCGUUCUUAGACCAAGGCACGGACGAAUGGAGCCAGGCAGGGUUGGAGGCGGCCAUCGAUGGGACGGACGUCCGAUGUGAAACCAACCACACCACCGAAUACGUAGUUGACUUGAUCAACGAGAGCGGGCAAUCGACUUCGACCCUUCCCGAAGUGACUGAUGCUACCACUGCUGGUGAUGAAGACGAUGAUGAUGAUGAUGAUGACGGUGGACAUAUUGAUAUAGCAGGGAUAAACGGUCUCAUCGGUCUUGGCGUAGGCGUCAUCGUGGGAGUCGUUGUUGCAGUCAUUGUCGUUCUGGCCGCAGUCAUCAUCUUGAUCGUUGUCGUUGUUAAACAUGUGAAUAAACCCAAGAUGAUCGUUGAACCGGUUGUCAAAGCUUAAAGGGGAAGUGAACUGGGUGUGGUCUCUCAUUGACCAUCUGUUAUAAAUACAUAGUCUUCAAAUGAACGUUUUCAGAUAUGUACUAAUACUACAGAUAAUAAAUUGACCUAUAGUUGUAUUUGUAUAGAGAAAAUAAAAUGUUUUGAAAAACAAGAAAAGUAAUUGUUUUGCUACUUGGUAACAUAAUUAUUGAGGUAUAAAUGUAUUGAGUAGUUAAUUAGCAUGUUAUCAUUCAAGUGGGUCUAUAUUACUAGAAUACUUCAGUAUUUUGGGUCAGGAAACUGGCCAGGUUGAGGAAUCGAGAUGGCGCCGUAGGUUCGCAUCUGCUUUAAGCUCUAACCCUUCUUUAUUUAUGAACCAUUACAUUACAUAAAUUACAUACAUUGCGUACAAAUCAGAUUUACAAUAAUAGUUAACAAAAAUGCAUGACAUUUUAACAUUUCGCUUAAUUUCACACACAUACACACAAAAAUGUAUUGUAUAUAUUAAACAUUGAGUUGAACUGAAUUUUAUUCGUUUAGUUCAUUUCUUAAUCAAUUUUCAACCAAUCAGACAUACAGAAAUACAAAUCAUAUAAGCCCAAUAAACAAAACCAUUGAGUUUACAUUUGUACACGGAUUUCAUCAAUACGAACAAAAUACAAUAAAAUAGUAUCAAGUGUAACUAUUAUUGUAUUAUUUUUUUACUAAUUAUGAACUUGUAAAAUAUUUUUUUGAAAAAAAAUUGUUUCACAGAAAUUAGUAAUCAUUAAUCAAUCUUACACUGAACAUUUGGAAUAUUUGACGUUUCCGAGCAAAAACCCACACAUUAAAGAGCAGUACAUUAUAUGUAUCGGGCUUUCCUUGGUGCAGUUGUUGAUUUUUUUUUUCAGUUGUUAUUCUCAGCCGUUGCACCACCAUGCAUUGUAAUAUAGAAAAUACCAUAUUCGAAAAAAAAACCGUGAAUAUGAAAUUACGUGAAAUUUUGUAGAGUCAACAGGGCAUUGUAUUUGGUGUAUACAGCAAGAGCUGCGUAUUUAUCGCAAACUGAUUGAUCAAUAAUGGAAAGAAAAUGUAAGGAAGCGGUGAAAGAAGAGAGAUGUAUAUAUUCUUAUUUUUGCACAGAGAUAUAAAUAUUUAUUCAAGAAUGUUGAAGAAAAAGAGGAAGAAUUAUUAUGAUAUUGCUACAUAUUUUAUCAUCAAAUAAUCACUUUCAUGUAAUAAUAAGUCAUCACUAUGGAUCACCUUGAAAUUUAAUGUAUUCUGUAAAUAAUAAUUUGCUCUUCUUUUAGCUGAGUCUUAAAUGCUGUAAAUUUGAUAUGGAUAUAUAUACAUUUUCUCAUUUGUUAUUGUUUCCGAUAUAAUAUCGUUUUCGUCAUUGCUACUCACCUAUAUCAUUGCAACUUUAAUUCAAUAUUUAUCAGUUGUAUUAUUAUUAAAUAAUUGCAUAUAUUAAUACAAAAACAAAAUACGAAUAUGAUGUAAUAUAUUACAAUAUGGAUGUUGUUUGUGCUGUGGAAUUGUUAAAGUUAACUUUUCAUUUGAAUUCCAUGACUUUCAUGACGUCAUCGCUAUUUUAAUCACCUUGAGAUUUGAAUAAUUUAUUUGUUUUCUCGUGUUCAUGUUUGAUGUUAUAUAAAAUGAUGGGUUUGUACCGUUUGUUGACGUCAUCGCUAUUUGAUUCACCUUGAGUUGGAUAAUUUGAUGUCUUUCUUUUUUUAUUCCGGUCUUUGGUUAUAUAAACGUGAAUUUCAUUGCUCCAUCUGACGUCAUCACCGUGUGAAACACCUUGAACUUUGCAUAACUCAAUGCCUUUCUUUUUUAAUCAAUUGUGUGGCUUAAAGCCGGGAAAACAUUGCUAUGUAUAAAACAUUGCUCUCAAUGUAUGAUGUUAAAAUGUCAACACUUAUUAUUUUUUUUUUUUUCUCAAAAUCUUGAGCAAGCGUGCCAUAAUGAUCACUGAAUUUCAAAAACUCGAACACUCGAUUGUUAAACAACGUAAUUGUAAUUGUAACAUAUUCCACUAUCUAAUGAAAGUCAUAUGAGACACUUCCCCCAAAAUAAUCCAGUCCCGCAACUAUUUUGAUUAUCAUGAGAAAGCAACGACACACACAUACAUAUAUGUAUUUUGUCUAUUGUCAGUAUCCAAUACAUUUAAAUGUGAUUUGUUAAAAAUAUAUGAAAAAAAAAUUUGAAACCUAAAAUGUCAUUUCUUGUUUUCUUCCAAAACAAACUUUAAAGCAAUCUUUCAAUUUAUGUAAACAAACAUUUUUUUCGCUUAUCUCUAUUAUAUUAUAAUGCAUUUUUAUUAUUAUGUUAUAAUUGAUAUGACUACCAUACACUUAAUACGUAGACUACGUAAAUAAGAUGUAAAUUGUCUGUCGUUAUUUGUACUUUAAUGAAUGUUUGAUUGAAAGGAAUGAAAAUUGAAACUUGCCUUGUCUUAAUACCCGAAAGUCUUUCACGAAAGGGAUGAUUUUAGUCUGCUGUUGAUUAGAUAAAUUGUUUAAAUGUUUGUGAAUUAUGUAAAAAUUGUGACAGUAUAAAUUUUGACAGAGCAUUUUUUAUUGUUAUGGUCAUUUAAAAAGGUUUGGGGACUUUAAAUCUUAGAGCAACCUUUUUUAUUAUUUGAAUAAAGUUGAUUGUAUAAGCUUGUGAAGCGAAUGUAUAUUAUACCGUAAUAUAGCCUUGUAAAUUUAGAGGAGUGUUGCUAGAACAUUAUAGAAACGUCGGCAUUAGUUUAAUUCUUUCACCGUCAUAAUGGCACUGACUUUUUAUUUGAUAAUUAGACAUAACUGUUCUUGGCUGAGUUUGCUAAAUAAUUAGGCCUAGUGAUUCUACCUAGGCAAGUGUUUAUUUUACCCCCCCCCCCCUCCCAGAAAAAAAAAUGCUGGUAUUCCAAUAAUGAAGCUGCCUUACUCUCGCUUACGUCUUUCAGUUCUUCAUUUCUUCGCAAACAAUAACUUUGCUCGAACGUGUAAAUAAUGUAUAAUAUUGGAGCAUGUGACUGUAAUUAUAAUGAACCGUGAAAUUGUAAGCGUACGUAUUAAACUCACAGUGCUCACUGAACCCCCACCCCCCCCCCCCCCCACCUUCUCCGAAAGUAUGUGUUUUAGGUGACUUCAGUGCCAAUUAUUC